AUGGUACGUGCACGUCGAAGCAUCUGGGACAACAAUGACUACAAUGAAUAUAAGCUUCAAAACAGCUACAUUCAAUCAAGCGAUGAAUCCGUUACAUCUGGAUCACUGACAGCUUCCACUGCAUCCUUGUUAGGUCCACAACAAUACAAUUCAUUAUCACUAGCGAACAGCAACAAGCCCAGUACUUUAACGGAACCACCGCCACCGCAAUACUCAUACGCACUGCAAAAGCAAAAUUACAAAAAAAUAUUACUACCCGGUGCAGCGAAACGGCUUAAUCAUGCAACUGCAGCUGUGAUACAAGUGACACCAUACGAGAAAACAUCUGAUGAUAGGAACAGUGGCGGCAUCAAUGAUGGUAUGCUAAAGACAAUCGGCUCACGCAUACAGCACAGCAUACGACGCAUACGUCGACCACGUCAAUGGCAGCAACCGACAAAAUCAACGGAAUCACAUGAUGAAAACGCUUUAACCGCUGUUUCCACAACAAGCUUCUAUGAAAAAGGCAAAGCGUUCAUUAUUGAAUUUUUGCAUGAUUCAUCCAUACAUGGCUUCAUUUAUUUGGCAAAAAUUGGAUUAAAUUUCAUUGAAAGGAUGCUGUGGUUUGCCUUUAUAUGUGUUGCACUAUUCAGUAUCAUGUCACUGAGCAAACGUACUUGGGAGCGCUUUCAAACCUCCCCAAUGGUCAUAUCAAUGGAUCGGAAUAAAUUGGUUUGGAAUACCAGUUUUCCAUCGCUUACAGUUUGUCCACAUAAGCGUAUCGAUGAACUUAAAGUGGAAGAAUAUAUAGAAUUGCAUCCUGAAAGUUUUGAAACCGAGGAGGACAAGGACGAUUUCCGCAUUUUUAUUGAAAAACUUGCAAGUCUCUCUUAUGAUAAUAUUGAAACUUUACCAUUAAACAAGACAUUCGGUAUUGCUAGUGAAAAAUAUUUGGAGUUAUUGUACGAACUUAAAUGGAGUUUUGAACCGGAAUUGAGUAGCGGCGCCGCAGUUAAAAUGUUUAUCUACGAAACAUUAACGGAGUUUGGUAUAUGUCAUUCAGUUAAUUCUCUAGUAGCGCGUUACAAUUCAUUUGAAUAUUGGAAAAAAAAUAUGUGGAAUUUACUUGAACACGGUGAUCGCGUUACAGUACAUCCUUUAGAUGGCGAAAUCUAUGCACAAAUCAUAAAUCUCUCAACAGCAUAUGAUGUUUACUUUCAUUCGGCAGGUGAUAUACCAAAUAUAUCUAAGCAACGCUACACAUUUCCAGAAAGUGAUUAUACCACAGUUGAGUUAAUAGCUUUAGAAAUUUACACUGCAGAAGAGGCUCGUGCAUUUACAACAAAACAACGUAAAUGUCGUUAUCAAUACGAAGCUGAAGACAUGUUAUCGGCCCCCAUCUAUAGUUUUGGACUCUGUUUAGCUGAAUGCCGAAUGUUUUUUUCAAUGAAAAUUUGUGGUUGUGUACCACAUUUUUACCGCAAUCGGUUAAGAAACGGACGAAUAUUGCCAGUAUGCGGUCUGAAAGGUAUAGCGUGCUUGUCUGACAUUAAAAGUGAUAUAAUUUCACUUAAAUCGGAAAAAUAUAAAAUCGAUUGUAGAUGCCUUUCGAAUUGCGAUGAUUCCAAUUUUUUCGUACAGUCGUAUCGAUCUAGAGUUUGGUUUCUAGGCGCUAACCUCCAAUGGGGCAUUAUAGAUUAUCCUAAAAUGCAGCUGCGCCGCGAUGUACUCUUCUCAUUUGCAGAUAUGGGUGUGGUCUUGAGAUUAGCUAUAUGUUAUGAUGAAUUGAGCGAUGAAGAAGUGUGUAAGUGCGACAUAAACACACAAACUAAAUAUAUUCUAUAA